AUGUGGAAUGAUAUUGAGCUACUAACAAGUGAUGAUACAGGAAGCGGGUCCCUAAGUGUUGGAUCAAGGAAAGAACAUGGAACUGCUUUAUAUCAAGUAGAUUUGCUAGCGAAGAUCUCCUCUGAAAAGGCCUCAUUAAAUCCAAAGAUACAAGCAUGCAGCUUAAGCGAUGGGUUUAUUAUUGUAGCAGACCAAUCAGUGAUACUGCUUGACAGUAUUUGUAGAUCGCUUCAAUUGCACCUUAUAUUUGAUACAGAAGUGGAUGUAGUUGGCUUAUGUCAAGAAGGAAAGUUCCUUUUGGUUGGAGAGAGGAGUGGCAACUUACAUUUCAUCCAUGUAACUUCAAAGCAAACGCUGCUCACUAAUGCUUUUGUUCAGAAAGCUAAUGGUGAAAAUCAGUGUACGUACCAAGCUCUUGUUAUUGAGAAAGAUGGUUCAAGUGAAGGUACCUAUUAUAUGCUGCUGCUUACAAACAAUGGAUUUUUUUGUAUAACAAACCUUCAGCUUGCAAAAAUUCAACAAGCAAUCGAAAAUGUCGACUUGAAUAAAGCAAAAAAGUUACAAGGACAAAUCAAGUCCAGUUUUAUUUCCACUGAAAAUUACCACACUCUUGGUUGUCUCAGUCUGGUGCCUGGAGAUUUAGCGAGCAAAAUCCCUAUGAUGAUUGGGGGAACUGGUAACUGUGCGCUCUCAAAAUGGGAACCAGAUCCUCUCAAAGACAUGGCAGUUAAGAAUGUUAUUGAUGCAGAGAUUAUUAAAGGUGCCAAGAAGUUCCAGCUGAUAGACAAUCUACUUUUUGUUCUUGAUACCGAUAACGUGCUGAGCUUAUGGGAUAUUUACACUCUGACUCCUGUGUGGAACUGGCCUUCUCUUCACGUGGAGGAAUUUCUUCUUACCACAGAAGCGGAAUCCCCUUCCUCAGUCACGUGGCAAGGGAUUACAAAUCUCAGAUUAGUAGCUCUGACAACUACUACUACUAAGAUGAAAAACCUCGUGGUCUAUUCAUUACCUAUGAUGGAAAUACUGUACUCUUUGGAAGUAUCUAGUGUUUCUUCUCUGGUCCAGACAGGAAUUAGCACAGAUACCAUAUACCUUCUGGAGGGAAUUUGCAAAAAUGAUCCGAAACUAUCCGAAGACUCAGUCUCUGUGUUAGCGCUCAGAUGUCUUACAGAAGCUUUACCAGAAAACAGAUUGAGUCGGCUACUUCACAAACACAGAUUUGCUGAAGCUGAGAGCUUUGCCAUUCAGUUUGAACUAGAUGUUGAGCUUGUUUACAAAGUAAAGGCAAACGAUAUAUUGGAGAAACUGGCUUUGAGUUCUGUAGACACCACUGAGCAGACCGAAUGGCAAAAACUUGUAGAUGAAGCUAAGGAAAAUCUACAUAAAAUCCAGGACGAUGAAUUUGUGGUAAAUUACUGCUUGGAGGCUCAAUGGAUAACCUAUGAGACAACCCAGGAAAUGCUCAAUUAUGCCAAAACCAGGCUUUUGAAGAAAGAAGACAGAACCGUUCCUGUCUAUUCUUACGGCUUAAGAGAGGUACUGAGAGCUCAUGCAAAGUUGACAACUUUUUAUGGAGCAUUUGGACCAGAAAAAUUCAGUGGCAGUUCUUGGAUUGAAUUUCUGAAUAAUGAAGAUGAACUUAAGGAUAUUUUUUUGCAGCUAAGAGAAGGAAACCUUGUCUGUGCACAGUACCUUUGGCUUAGACAUCGGGCAAACUUUGAAAGCAGAUUUGAUGUGAAAACGCUUGAGAACUUGCUCAACUCAAUUUCUACACCAGUGUGUUUGCGAGAGCUCUGUCCGUGGCUGAAAAACGAUGUGAUCCCGUUUGUGAGGAGGACUGCGCCGGGCGGCCAGAAAAUUCUCGCAAAAUGGUUGGAGCAAGCAGCCAGGAACCUUGAAUUAACUGACAAGGCAAACUGGCCAGAAAAUGGACUUCAACUGGCAGAGGUGUUUUUUACAACAGAGAAGCCACACGAGCUGGGGUUGGUGUCCUCCUGGCACUGGAUUUCCUUGAAGGACUAUGAAAACACGGAGGAGGUCUGUCAGUUGAGGACCUUGGUCAACAACUUGCGAGAGUUGAUCACAUUGCACAGGAAAUACAACUGCAAAUUGGCCCUCUCUGAUUUUGAGAAGGAGAAUACAACCACCAUUGUGUUCCGGAUGUUCGAUAAAGUGCUGGCUCCAGAGCUUGUCCCUUCUGUCUUAGAGAAGUUUGUGAGAGUGUACAUGAGGGAGCAUGACUUGCAGGAGGAGGAGCUGCUGCUCUUGUACAUUGAGGAUUUAUUGAAGAGAUGCAGCUCCAAGUCCACGUCGCUCUUUGAAACGGCAUGGGAGGCCAAAGCCAUGGCUGUCAUAGGCUGUCUCUCGGAUAAGGACCUCAUAUUCGACGCCGUGCUGAAGGUGAUGUGCGCGGCCGUGGUUCCCUGGAGCGCGGCUGUGGAGCAGCUGGUGAGGCAGCACCUGGAGAUGGACCACCCCAAAGUCAAGUUAUUACAGGAGAGUUACAAACUAAUGGAGAUGAAAAAACUUUUACGAGGCUAUGGAAUAAGGGAGGUGAACCUCUUAAACAAGGAAAUAAUGAGGGUGGUCCGAUACAUCCUCAAACAAGAUGUCCCAUCUUCUUUGGAAGAUGCUCUGAAGGUGGCCCAAGCGUAUAUGUUGUCUGAUGAUGAAAUCUACAGCCUAAGGGUUAUUGACCUGAUAGAUAGAGAUCAGGGUGAGGACGGCGUCCUCUUGUUGAGGUCUCUUCCUCCUGCUGAAGCAAAGAAGACAGCGGAGAGAGUCACCACGUGGGCGCGACUGGCGUUACAAGAAGAGCCAGAGAAUUCUAAAGAGGACAAGGCCUGGAGAAUGUCGGUAGUGAAGACAUCAGUAGACAUUCUUAAAAUUCUGUGCAGCCUUCAGAAAGACAAUCUGCAGAAGAAGGAUGAGUGUGAAGAAAUCUUGACUCUAUUUAAAACUGUUGCCAGCUUACAGGAGAACUUUGAGGUCUUUCUCUCGUUUGGAGAUUACAGCAACUGCGCCCUGGUGGCAGAGCUCCGAGAACAGCACAUCAGAGCCCAGGAAGCCGCCCAGGCUGAGCUCCCACCCAGGAGCUGCGUAGGGCCGCCGGCCGCCGGCGAGGAGGGCCCGGGCCCCAGCGCCGAGUCCAGGCUGCACCGGCAGGCGCGGGCCCUGCAGGUGUCCGAUCAAGAGCUGGAGGCCGAGCUGACUUGGAGGGCCCUCGCUGACGGAAAUGUGGGGACGGCGCUGAAAAGAUGCAGAGACUUGUUUAAGUAUCACUGCAACCCCGACACUGGGAAAUUGCUGUUUCUGGCAUGUCAGAAGCUUUGUCACAUGUUGGCGAAUGACGUCCCGAUGACAACUCCUGUGGGACUAGAUCUUCCCUCCGAAAUACACGAUCUCGCGUGCCAGGCAGCCACCAUCUGCAGUCCAGAUUUCUUACCAGAUGCUUUAGAACUGUGUAAAUACACGUUAACAGCCGUAGAGCUGUCCAGGCAGUGCCAAAUGGGUGACGGUGGGAUUCUGAUGAAAACUUCUUUUGGGACUCACAAAGAUCCCUAUGAAGAGUGGUCAUAUGGAGACUUCUUCAGUGAAGAUGGGAUAGUCCUCGAGUCGCAGAUGGUGCUCCCUGUCAUUUACGAACUGAUUUCAUCCCUCGUCCCUCCAGCUGAAAGCAAGAGACUUCCCCUGGACUUUACAAGUUUACCAUACUGCUCCAUUAGCGAAGGAGACGGCCUUAUUUUACCCAGCAUGAACUCCAUCUCGGCCCUGCUUCAGAGCCUCCAGGAAUCCAGCCAGUGGGAGCUGGCCCUGGGGUUUGUCGUCCGUGCCUGUGGCACCUGCCUUCAGUACUCCGUGUCCAACUUCAUGGAUGCCAGCCUGAGUGAAAAGCUGUUUGGAGAGGCCUCAUUAGUGAAAUCAAGGCAAGUUAUCAUGGCGUUGAAAGAGAAAGCCGUGCCGUUCGUCAGGGGAAACGCUACAACCCUGUUGCACAAAGUUUUUAAUUGUCGCCUGGUGGACCUUGACUUGGCCUUGGGCUACUGCACUCUCUUACCCCAAAAAGACGUGUUUGAAACUCUCUGGAAGCUCAUAGAUAAAGCGUGGCAGAAUUACGACAAAAUUUUGGCAAUAUCUCUGGUGGGCUCGCAGCUGGCCAGUCUCUACCAGGAAAUAGAAACAGAGCUGAAGUUUCGUGAGCUCAGUACUGACGCCCUGUGGGGGAUUCGCCUCGGUAAACUUGGUAUUUCUUUUCAGCCAGUUUUCAGGCAACAUUUUCUCACCAAGAAAGACCUCAUCAAAGCUCUUGUGGAGAAUGUGGAUAUGGACACAAGCCUCAUUCUGGAAUACUGCAGCACCUUCCAGCUGAGCUGCGACGCGGCCCUCCAGCUGUUCAUCGAGACCCUGCUCCACAACCCGGGUGCCGGCCAGGGCGACGCGGGCGCGGGUCCAGCCGAGCGGCCACACUCCCAGCUGCUGGCCCGGGCCCUGGAGACGGUGCCCCUGCUGACCAGCACCAGGGAGCUGGUCAUCAGCCUCAGCGGCAUCCUGCAUAAGUUGAAUCCCUAUGACUAUGAAAUGGUUGAAAUUGUCCUGAAAGUUAUCGAAAGAGCUGAUGAAAAAAUAACCAGCAUUAAUAUAAAUCAGGCAUUGAGUCUUCUACAACACUUGAAGUCAUACAGAAGAAUUUCUCCUCCAGUGGACCUAGAAUAUCAGUAUAUGCUGGAGCACGUAAUAACUUUGCCAUCAGCUGCCCACACUAGGCUGCCUUUUCACCUAAUAUUUUUUGGCACAGCACAGAACUUCUGGAAAAUUCUCUCUAUGGAACUCAGUGAAGAGUCCUUCCCUACACUACUCUUAAUUUCUAAAUUAAUGAAGUUCUCUUUGGACACUCUAUAUGUGUCUACAGCCAAGCAUGUCUUUGAAAAAAAACUGAAGCCAAAGCUAGUGAAGUUACCACAAGCUAAGUCCUCAACACUGAUCACCAAGGAAAUAUGUAAGAUCACUCAGACCAUCGAAUCCUACUUGCUGUCUAUCGUGAACCCCGAGUGGGCGGUGGCCAUCGCCAUCAGCCUUGCCCAGGACAUCCCGGAAGGCUCUUUCAAGAUGUCCAGCUUGAAAUUCUGCCUGUAUUUAGCCGAGCGAUGGCUGCAGAACAUCCCGCCGAAGGACGAAGCACGUGACAAAGCCGAGGCUUUGCUGAAGAAGCUCCACGUUCAGUACCGGCGGUCCGGCACAGAGGCCGUGCUCAUAGCGCACAAGCUGAACACGGCCGAGCACCUGCGAGACAUCGGAAAGCCGGCUCAUCUCAUCGUCAGCCUGUACGAGCACCCGAGCAUCAGUCAAAGAAUCCAGGACCCCUCCGGCAGGGAUUAUCCCGAUAUUCAUGCAGCAGCUAAAGAAAUAGCUGAAGUCAAUGAAAUUAAUUUGGAGAAAGUUUGGGACAUGUUGUUGGAAAAGUGGCUGUGCCCGUCCGCAAAGCCCGGCGAGAACCCACCAGAAAUAUUUGAACUCCAAGAAGACGAAGCACUACGGAGAGUCCUGUAUCUCCUCCUGUCUCGUCCAAUUGAUUACAGUUCAAGAAUGCUGUUCAUAUUUGCAACGUCGGCUACCACUACGCUGAACACGCACCAGUUAACGUUUGCCCACAGAACACGGGCUCUCCAGUGUCUUCUCUAUUUGGCUGACAAGGAAACUAUAGAAUCUCUCUUUAAAAAGCCCAUCGAAGAAGUGAAGUCUUACUUGAAAUGCAUAACUUUUCUGGCAUCAUUUGAGACUCUGAAUAUCCCCAUCACGUAUGAAUUAUUUUGCAACAGCCCUAAAGAGGGAAUGAUUAAGGGUCUGUGGAAAAACCACAGCCACGAGGCCAUGGCGGUAAGACUGGUGACUGAGCUUUGUUUAGAAUACAAGAUCUAUGACCUGCAGCUGUGGAAUGGGCUCCUGCAAAAGCUCCUGGGCUUCCAUAUGAUUCCUUAUCUAAGGAAAGUCUUAACAGCCAUUUCUAGUAUCCAUUCUUUAUGGCAGGUUCCCUACUUCAGCAAGGCCUGGCAGCGAGUGGUGCAGAUGCCGCUCCUUGCAGCCUCUUGUCCUUUAAGCCCCAGCCAGUUAUCAGAUUGUUGUGAGAGUCUCAUCGCUAUUCUAGAGUGCCCGGUUUCAGGUGACCUGGACAUGGUUGGCGUUGCCCGGCAGUACGUCCAGCUAGAGCUUCCGGCGUUUGCCUUGGCCUGUCUCAUGCUCAUGCCCCACUCGGAAAAAAGACGCCAGCAGAUCAAGAACUUUCUGAGCUCGUGCGAUCCUCAGAUCAUUUUACAGCAAUUAGAAGAGCAUAUGAAUACUGGCCAGUUGGCAGGAUUUUCACAUCAAAUUCGAACUCUGAUUCUGAAUAAUAUCAUAAAUAAGAAGGAGUUUGGGAUUUUGGCAAAGACAAAAUACUUUCAAGCAUUGAAACUACACACGAUGAAUACCAACAACAUCUCUGACCUAGUAAACUAUUUGGCAAAUGAAUUAAGUUUAGACGAAGCCUCUGUCCUCGUAACCGAAUACUCCAAGCGCCGUGGAGACCCUGUGCCGGCUGGCGCCGCCCCCUGUGAGAUCCUGAAGAUGUUUCUUAAUGGAUCAUAGCAAAUCGUCAAGCCUUUUUUCAGGAAGAACGAAGUUGGGAGCUUGCUAUUAACGGACCAUAUUUAUUGCAGUUUUAAAAUUGUGCAAUCUAUGUG